AGGCUAGACUCUCGUGGGGAGGACACACAAACACAUGAUUCUCGGCACAGACAGAGCGCACAGUGUGGUUUGGGCAGCAGCCUCGGGUCCUCCCUCCUGCUUUCCACAUGAUCUGAAAGCUCCCUCAGGAGGGGCAGGAAUGUGGAAAGGAGCGACAGCAUCGAUAGCUGACCGAAGCCACAGUCUCUCCACAAUGCCUUUCUUUUCCACUCUUUUUAUCUGCGUGACAUCCAUCCUCCACACCUACGGGGUCCCUUGGACUGAAGAAAAGCUCCACCACACAGCUGCUACUCUGACAGACGAUGAGAUCCGAGCUGCCUUAUCUCACACUGAUCUGGAGCAGAUGUGGCAGAGGGACCUGAUGCCGCUGCUGGUUACCAGGUACCCGGGGUCUGCAGGCAGCCAAGCUGUCCAGGAACACAUAAAAACAACCCUCAGCUCUCUAGGAGCUGGCUGGGAAGUGACAGAGGAUAAGUUUGUGUCGCACACACCCUACGGCCCCCUGCCCUUCACCAACCUGAUCGCCACACUCAACCCUUCAGCCAGACGCCGGCUGGUUAUAGCCUGCCACUAUGACUCCAAGUACUACCCGCCUCAGUGGCACGGGAGGGAGUUCCAGGGCGCCACCGACUCUGCUGUUCCCUGCGCUAUGAUGCUGGAGCUGGCUCGAGCGCUGGAUGAAGAACUGAAAGCUCACAAGACCCAGAACCCCAACUUGACCCUGCAGUUAAUCUUCUUUGACGGAGAGGAGGCCCUUUUCCAGUGGACCUCCACAGACUCUCUGUACGGCUCUCGCCACCUGGCCUCAAAGAUGGAAGCCACCCCCCAUUCUGAAGAGGACCCGGACACCAACCAGCUGCACGGCAUAGACCUCUUUGUGCUGUUGGACCUGAUUGGGGCUCCUGCUCCUCGGUUUGGAAACCAGUUCCCCAAUACAGCACCAUGGUUCACCAGACUGCAAGACAUUGAGAAACGUCUGCAUUCUUUGAACCAGCUUGAGGAGCAUCCAGACAGUGUGCAGUAUUUCUGGCCUGAUUAUCUCGUGGGUGGCGUCCUCGAUGAUCAUAUACCGUUUCUAAACAGAGGAGUUCGGAUCCUCCACCUCAUCCCCACCCCCUUCCCACCUGUUUGGCACACAUUUGAUGACAAUGAGCAGCACUUGGACCGCUCCACAAUUCAAAACCUGAACAAGAUCCUGCAGGUUUUUGUUCUGGAGUACCUGAAUGCUAGGCCUGUCAUACAAUCAACCCCACAUCAUGAACCAUGAUGGUCAUAUACUCUGAAUGUGUAUUCUCUUUUAUUUAAUAUACUCAUAUAUGCCCAUCAGAUGAGAUGCAGGAAAUGUUUUACAUAAACGUUGUUUUACAUACGAUUUUUUGGGAUAACUUACAUGAAGAUAAUGUGUUUUCUAAUAAUAUCCCCUUUGGUAAAACAAAGGGAAUUUGAUAGAAAGUAUUAGAACGCCAUCCAAUUCUGAGUUCAGAAUCCCUGAUUUUCAGUGCUGCCAGGGAAGGGAAACAAGGCCACACACAUAGAUGAUACUGAAGGUAAUGAUACACACGUGACAUGAUGGUAGACUGCAGUUUAUGUGACAUUUCCUAUUGCAAAUCUGUUCUGUGUUUAGAGAGAAAACCUGUCUGCUUUACAUCCUGUCAUCCUAGAGAAGCGAAUAACUUCCUGUGCUAACGCUUUACAAUACCUGCAUUUGGUUUAUUUGACCGUGUUAGAAAUAUUUUGGUAUAAAUUCCAGAAUAAUAUACUUAAAAAUAACAGGAUUUCCUGUAUCCCUGAGAAUGAAUAAAUGUUGAUUGAGAAAACUAA